CCCCACCCCAGGCCGGCUCUGUAAUUACACUGGGCGGGGCGAGGGGAAGUAAUUAUGGAGACCUGUUGGGGGGAGGUAGAGACCCCCAGGCCCGCCUCUCUCCUCCCACAGUGCCCUAAAUCCCGCCCAGGACUGCUGAAACGGGGCUCUGGGCCCUUAACGGGGAGGGAAUUGAGGUGGGGGCUUUGACUGGACGUCUGAGUCUUAGAAAAGGAAGGGGCAGAGGAAGAGAUAUUGGGGUUCCCGAAAAAGGAAUCUGGGGUAUAGGCCAUUCAGCCUCUGCAAGGAGCAAGGGUCAUUGAACGAGGGCUGCUGUCUCCCACCGCCCCCCCCCCCCCCAACCAGGUGGAGAUCGAGGCCUUGGGGGCGUUCAGCGUCUCCGGCCGCCCGUAGGUCCUUGGGACCGGGCGUUCGGGUCGCCAGCCAUGGAGCGGUGCAGCCGCUGUCAUCGCCUCCUCCUGCUGGUACCGCUGGUGCUGGGGCUGAGCGCCGUCCCUGCCUGGGCAGGUGCACCCCCUGUGGAUGUGCUCCGGGCCCUGAGGUUCCCCUCCCUUCCUGAUGGUGUCCGGAGGGCGAGAGGCAUCUGUCCAGCUGAUGUGGCCUACCGAGUGUCCCGACCUGCCCAGCUCAGUGCACCCACCCGCCAGCUCUUCCCAGGAGGUUUUCCCAAAGAUUUCUCAUUGCUGACUGCUGUCCGGACCCGCCCUGGCCUCCAGGCUCCCCUCCUGACUCUCUAUAGUGCCCAGGGUGUCCGACAGCUGGGCCUGGAGCUUGGCCGACCCUUCCGCUUCCUGUAUGAGGACCAGACUGGAAGGCCUCGACCCCCUGCUCAGCCAGUCUUCCGAGGCCUCAGCCUAGCAGAUGGCAAGUGGCACCGUGUGGCAGUGGCUGUGAAGGGCCAGUCUGUCACCCUCAUAGUUGACUGCAAGAAGCGAGUCACCCGGCCUCUCCCCCGAAGUGCUCGUCCGCUGUUGGACACCCAUGGAGUGAUUAUCUUUGGUGCCCGUAUCCUGGAUGAAGAAGUGUUUGAGGGUGACAUCCAGGAGCUUGUCAUUGUCCCAGGGGUGCAAGCUGCCUACGAAUCCUGUGAACAGAAGGAGCUGGAGUGUGAGGGAGCUUGGAGGGAGAGACCUCAGAAACAACACUCUCACAGGGCCCAGAGAUCUCCAAAGCAGCAGCCACCAAGACUUCAUAGGCCACAAAACCAGGAACCCCAGCGACAGCCCACUGAGUCUUUCUUCUAUGACUACGAGACCCCCUAUUACGAUGAGAUGACUACAGGGACGACCCCUGAUUAUCAGAGGCCACCGAGCCCCAACCGCAGGGUGCUCCCUUCCCCCAGGGGGCGUCGGACCCCUCCCAGAAAGCCUACCCCACCUGCCAAGAGGUCAGCAGCCCGGCAGGCGCCCCCCUCACCAGGCCGGAGGCCCUCUCGAAUUGGAGGUUCUGGCCAAGCACGGGGCCACCCUCCCCCCUUCCGACGCCCAGCUCGGCGGGCAGCUCCCCCCACUGCCCGGGCCCCCCCCAGGACCAGAGGAAGCGGUUACCGGCAGGAUCCCACCCCAGGUGGAGAGGAAGGAACCCUGGAACCAAGCCCUUUGCCACCCCAAGAGGAGGAGCAGACAGAUCUCCAGGUCCCCUCCACAGCCGACAGGUUCCUGACAGAGGACUAUGGGGAGGGUGGCACAGACCCCCCAGCAGGGCCCUACGAUUACACAUAUGGCUAUGGGGACGAUUAUCGUGAGGAGACGGAGCUUGGCCCUGCCCUGUCUGCGGAGACAGCCCACUCGGGAGCCGCUGCCCGUGGACCCCGGGGGCUGAAGGGAGAGAAGGGGGAACCUGCGGUGCUGGAACCUGGUAUGCUGGUGGAGGGGCCUCCUGGCCCAGAAGGCCCUGCGGGGUUGAUUGGUCCCCCUGGCAUCCAGGGCAACCCAGGCCCAGUUGGAGACCCUGGCGAGAGGGGCCCCCCUGGCCGAGCAGGGCUCCCUGGAUCAGAUGGGGCCCCUGGACCUCCUGGCACAUCGCUCAUGCUCCCAUUCCGGUUUGGCAGUGGUGGGGGUGACAAGGGCCCUGUGGUAGCAGCCCAGGAGGCUCAGGCCCAGGCGAUUCUGCAGCAAGCACGGCUGGCGCUCCGAGGACCCCCUGGCCCCAUGGGAUACACAGGCCGCCCUGGACCCUUGGGACAGCCUGGGAGCCCUGGCCUGAAAGGAGAAUCUGGAGACCUAGGACCUCAGGGCCCCAGAGGACCUCAAGGCCUCACAGGCCCUCCUGGCAAGGCUGGGCGAAGGGGCCGAGCAGGUGCUGAUGGAGCUCGAGGGAUGCCUGGAGAACCAGGAGUGAAGGGUGACCGAGGUUUUGAUGGACUCCCAGGGCUACCUGGGGAGAAGGGACAUAGGGGUGAUACUGGUGCCCAGGGCCUUCCUGGCCCCCCUGGUGAGGAUGGAGAGCGGGGAGACGAUGGGGAGAUUGGGCCUCGGGGACUGCCUGGAGAAUCAGGACCUCGAGGUCUCCUUGGCCCCAAAGGCCCACCUGGUAUUCCUGGACCCCCGGGAGUCCGAGGCAUGGAUGGUCCCCAUGGUCCCAAAGGGAGCUUGGGACCCCAGGGAGAGCCAGGACCUCCUGGACAACAGGGCACUCCUGGAACCCAGGGUCUCCCUGGGCCCCAGGGUGCCAUUGGCCCUCAUGGAGAGAAGGGUCCCCGAGGGAAACCAGGGCUCCCUGGCAUGCCUGGCUCAGAUGGACCUCCGGGUCACCCGGGGAAGGAAGGUCCCCCUGGAACCAAAGGAAACCAGGGUCCAUCUGGACCUCAGGGUCCUCUAGGAUAUCCGGGACCUCGAGGUGUCAAGGGUGUGGAUGGAAUUCGUGGUCUGAAGGGCCAUAAGGGUGAAAAGGGCGAGGAUGGCUUUCCCGGGUUCAAAGGGGACAUGGGUGUGAAAGGUGACAGGGGAGAGGUUGGAGUUCCUGGUUCCAGGGGAGAAGAUGGUCCUGAGGGACCAAAGGGACGUACUGGACCCACUGGAGACCCUGGCCCCCCUGGGCUCAUGGGCGAGAAGGGCAAGCUGGGUGUUCCUGGUCUGCCUGGCUACCCUGGACGCCAGGGUCCCAAGGGCUCCCUGGGAUUUCCUGGUUUUCCUGGCGCCAGUGGAGAGAAGGGAGCCCGGGGCCUGUCAGGGAAAUCAGGGCCUCGGGGAGAGCGGGGCCCCACGGGUCCACGGGGUCAGCGGGGACCCCGAGGUGCCACGGGGAAGUCUGGAGCUAAGGGAACAUCAGGUGGUGAUGGCCCCCAUGGGCCCCCUGGAGAAAGGGGUCUCCCUGGACCUCAAGGCCCCAAUGGAUUUCCUGGCCCCAAAGGACCUCCGGGUCCCCCUGGGAAGGACGGGCUGCCAGGACACCCAGGCCAGAGAGGAGAAGUGGGUUUCCAAGGGAAGACUGGCCCCCCUGGCCCUCCAGGGGUGGUGGGACCUCAGGGAGCAGCAGGAGAAACUGGGCCCAUGGGGGAGAGAGGUCACCCAGGACCCCCAGGGCCCCCUGGAGAGCAGGGACUGACUGGAACAUCUGGAAAAGAAGGAACAAAGGGUGACCCUGGUCCCCCAGGGGCCCCAGGGAAGGAUGGACCUGCUGGUCUGAGGGGGUUCCCAGGAGAGAGGGGCCUCCCGGGCAUUGCCGGUGGACCCGGUUUGAAGGGAAAUGAAGGUCCCGCUGGUCCUCCUGGCCCUGCAGGCUCCCCUGGGGAGCGAGGUGCAGCAGGAUCAGGGGGACCCAUCGGCCCCCCAGGGCGCCCUGGCCCACAGGGUCCCCCUGGAGCUGCAGGAGAGAAAGGUGUCCCGGGUGAGAAGGGCCCCAUUGGUCCAACUGGCCGAGAUGGGGUGCAGGGCCCUGUGGGGCUUCCUGGUCCCGCUGGACCCCCAGGCGUGGCAGGAGAGGAUGGAGACAAGGGUGAGGUGGGAGACCCUGGACAGAAGGGCACUAAAGGGAAUAAGGGUGAACAUGGCCCUCCUGGACCCCCUGGGCCCAUUGGUCCCGUGGGGCAACCUGGAGCAGCGGGAGCAGAUGGGGAGCCCGGAGCUCGGGGGCCCCAGGGACACUUUGGAGCCAAAGGCGAUGAAGGAACAAGAGGAUUCAAUGGGCCCCCGGGACCCAUUGGCCUACAGGGUUUGCCAGGCCCCUCGGGGGAGAAAGGAGAAACAGGAGAUGUGGGCCCUAUGGGACCUCCGGGCCCCCCAGGACCUCGAGGCCCAGCUGGACCCAAUGGAGCUGAUGGUCCGCAAGGUCCCCCGGGAGGUGUUGGGAACCUGGGUCCCCCUGGAGAGAAGGGGGAGCCAGGAGAAUCAGGAUCUCCAGGGGUCCAGGGCGAGCCCGGUGUCAAGGGCCCACGUGGGGAGCGUGGGGAGAAAGGAGAAUCAGGGCAGCCAGGAGAGGCCGGACCACCAGGGCCUAAAGGCCCCACCGGUGAUGAUGGCCCCAAAGGGAACCCUGGUCCUGUUGGUUUUCCUGGUGAUCCUGGCCCUCCUGGAGAAGGUGGCCCUCGGGGCCAGGAUGGUGCAAAGGGUGACCGAGGAGAGGAUGGCGAGCCAGGACAGCCCGGAUCCCCUGGUCCCACUGGGGAGAAUGGACCCCCUGGACCACUUGGGAAGCGGGGUCCCGCUGGCACACCUGGUCCUGAGGGGCGGCAAGGAGAGAAGGGGGCCAAGGGGGAUCCUGGCGCUGUAGGUGCCCCGGGGAAGACAGGCCCCGUGGGCCCUGCAGGCCCAGCAGGGAAACCUGGUCCUGAUGGGUUAAGAGGUCUCCCAGGCUCAGUGGGUCAGCAAGGCCGUCCUGGGGCCCCAGGCCAGGCUGGGCCUCCAGGUCCUGUGGGACCUCCGGGGCUUCCUGGCCUCCGGGGUGAUGUCGGAGCCAAGGGAGAGAAGGGUCACCCAGGUCUCAUCGGACUGAUCGGGCCCCCUGGGGAGCAGGGAGAGAAGGGUGAUCGGGGACUUCCUGGCCCCCAGGGCUCCGCUGGACAGAAGGGAGAGACGGGUAUUCCAGGAGCGUCUGGGCCUAUUGGUCCUGGAGGGCCCCCUGGCCUCCCCGGACCUGCUGGCCCCAAAGGAGCCAAAGGAGCCACAGGCCCAGCUGGACCCAAGGGAGAGAAGGGCGUCCAGGGUCCUCCGGGACACCCGGGCCCCCCGGGUGAGGUGAUCCAGCCCCUGCCCAUCCAGAUGCCCAAAAAGACUCGGCGCUCCGUGGACGGAAGCCGCCUGAUGCAAGAGGAUGAGGCCAUACCGGCUGGGGGGGCUCCGGGCAGUGCUAGGGGGCUGGAGGAGAUCUUUGGCUCACUGGACUCCCUGCGGGAGGAGAUUGAGCAGAUGAGGCGGCCGACAGGGACCCAGGACAGCCCCGCUCGCACCUGCCAGGACCUGAAGCUCUGCCACCCGGAGCUGCCUGAUGGAGAGUACUGGGUCGACCCCAACCAGGGCUGCGCUCGGGAUGCCUUCCGGGUUUUCUGCAACUUUACAGCAGGAGGGGAAACAUGUGUGACGCCCCGGGAUGAUGUCACACAAUUCUCUUACGUGGACUCAGAAGGCUCCCCGGUAGGUGUGGUCCAGCUCACCUUCCUGCGGCUGCUCAGCGUCUCAGCCCACCAGGAUGUCUCCUACCCGUGCUCUGGGAUGGCCCGAGAUGGUCCCCUGAAGCUCCGGGGGGCCAACGAGGAUGAGCUGAGCCUGGAGACCAGCCCCUACGUCAAGGAAUUCAGAGACGGCUGUCAGACACAGCAAGGCCGCACGGUGCUGGAGGUGCGAACACCUGUGCUGGAGCAGCUACCAGUGCUGGACGCCUCCUUCUCAGACCUGGGGGCCCCCCCGAAGCGGGGAGGGGUGCUGCUGGGGCCUGUCUGCUUCAUGGGCUAGGUCCUCCUCUGUCUGACCCUGUCCGUCGAAACCAGGCCCACCUGGAAUCCCACAGCAUCAGCUCUGUGCCACCUCCCGAGAGGGCUCCUCACCAUCUAGGUGGCUUCAGGCCAGGGCUCCGGGAGCCCCCAGCCAGGGGCAGACCAGGGGAGGGGUGAAGCGGGUGCCGGGAUGCCCCAGGGGAGGGGUGGCAUCUGGGGCUCUUGGUCCUCCCACUUGGAGCCUGUGACCCGUUGGACAGCCGAGACCCUUAUUUAAAACGCACCUCCCAAUCACCCCAAACAAGCAGACGAGAAGAGAAAGGACACUGUGUAUUUUGUAUUUAAAAGUAAUUAUAUUAAUUAUUUAAAGAGUGGAAAACAAAAGAACAAACAAGAUAAAGAGAGAAAUGCCAACAAAAAUCAGCGGACUUUGGAGACAGGGCUCUCCAGGGGUGAGCCCCGGCACCCUCCUCCUUGCCUCAGGGCUUUCCUCAGUGACUGUGGGGGGAGGUUUUCAGGCCAAACCCCACCUCCCUCACAGCCCGCCUGUAGCACCCACUGUGAAUGUUGGAAUAUAUGGUCUCCUUUGCCUCAGGGUCUGACUCUCUCUGUCCAGUGUGGGGCUUUCUCCUCUCCCCCUACCGGGUGUUUGGCUCCCUGACCCCCACACUGGCUGUCUCUCACUUGGUCUGGGGCUUGCAGGAACCGCCUGCUACUUGGGGAGCAGGCCGAGCCCCCAGGGGCGAAACAGAAGAGUGAGGGGUGAGUGCAGGGCCUGUAUUCAGCGCUGUUGAAAUAUCGAAAUGCUUCUGCCUCAUCAGCUGGUAAAUGGCCACGACUCAGCCCGCUGAGUGUUCCACCGCCAGCCUGGCCACCCUGGUCCCACCCCUGAGCCUCCCCCACCUCGCCUUCCCUGAUCCCGCAAUGGAAGGGCUAGUGCGUGGCAUAUGGAUGGAAGGGACUCCCAGGACCUUGUCUAGCCCCAUGCCCAGUGUCCUUUCUGACUGAUGGUUAAAUAAUGUGAUUGUCCCCUCCUGGGCG